AGAAUCAAAAUUUCUGCAAACUACUAUCCUUGUUGCAUUCAUUCCCAUAAGCUUAUUAAUUAUCCACCCAUCCCAUCCCAUAAGCUUAUUAAUUAUAUACCCAUCCCAUCCCAUAAGCUUAUUAAUUAUUGGUGCAGGUAUAACACGAAUAGAGUAUAAAAAAUAUUUAAGUCAACCGCUUUCUUGUGCAUAAAACUUCGGAGCAGUUCAAUUAAGCUUUUGCAUAGAAAUAUAUAUAUAUAUAUAGAAAACCUAUAUAUAUCUAGAAAAUUGAAAAAGAGCGUUAAAGGAAACCAUGGUGCGUCUUCACGAUAUCAACGAAGGCAGGUAUGCUUGUGGCAACUACUACAUAGCGUAAACAUUGGCAAUUGUGAAAAAUCUGCAUGUCAACAUUUAUGUCUGCUUGUUCUUCUCCUUUUUGUAAAUUUCGUACGCAAAGAUGGUGAUAAAAGAUUUCCACAAACGUCUGUGUUAUAUGAAGACAUCUGUGAACUUUUACAAGAAAUAACAAUAAAAACUUAAUAUAUGAACAAUUUUUUAAUCGCCAAUUUAAACAUUAAGCAAAUUGACCUUUAAAUAAUUAUCAAAUUAAUUAACUUCAAAAAUGCUUUUGUUUCUGUUGAAGAAGUUGUUAAGAAUGAGCGCGCACACGAAAAGUUCACCUAUCGUAAUGUUGACUUGGAUCAGAUAUGUCCAAUUAUUAUUAUUAUAUUAUUUUCAUGAAAAAAUCUUGAGUUGUUUCCUCGUCAAGAGAGUUUGAGCAACAUCCUGAAAUAACAUAACUAUUACCUUUUAGUUUUUAGCGCGUAUUAUGCGUUGAUGUUAAUCACGAAUUGUGUUUUCUUUAUUAGGCACAUAAUUUCUUCUUUUAUUUCAUUUCUUAAUUGCUUUAUAAGUUUUUAAAAGUGUUCAAAUAAGGUUUUUGUGUGUUUAUUGCUAAAACUGAACAUCGCGGAUAUCAUACGUGUUUUCUUUAAGUACAACAAAAAAAAAAAAAAAUUGAAAACAUUUGAAUAUCCUUAGUAGUUUCUGUAAUAGACACUGUAACGGGGGGAAAAAAAAGAAAAGGCAAACUUUGGCAACUUUGAAAGAGCGACAAGCGGCGCGAAGAAAAAAGAAACUUCGGCAACUUUAAAAGAAAAAGAAAAAAGAAAAAAGAAAAAAACGAGGAAAAAAUGCGGCUUUCGUUAGAAUUUUGCUUGUAAAUUUUUUUGGAAUAAAAUUAAAAUACAUGUUGUGCUAUUGCUACUUCAAGACAAAUAAUUUCAGUGAAUGAUAAUGAAAGUGAAUUUAUAAGAAUUAGAGAAAGAAUAAAUCCCGAAUAUUUUUUAUUGGAAAAAUAUGAAAAAAUUGUAAACUGAAAAGGCUUCGAUAAUUUUAGUAAAGCCGGACUAAUUGGAACGCUAUUCAUUGUUCACAUACAAAAGCACAAGGUCACUAAGGUCAAGGAACUUUGAAGUUAUACAAAGGUGCAAAAAGAAAAACAACGAAAAUCAAGAAGAACUAACGUUUGCGUCGGAGGGCAGGAAUCAACGAUCGCUCGGUUGUGGCCAUUAAAAAUUGGAGGAUGAAUGUGCAGCUCAUUAAUGCAAAUGAGAAGGAGGAAAGUUUUAAAAAAGAAAGGCGUAAAUUGAUUUAGCUAAAUUGUUGGUCGGCUGCGGGUGUUGUACGAGAGUCCUUUAAAUAAGAAGAGAUUAAUUGAAAUUAAAGAAGAGAUAGCUAUAUGCGUUAAACAAGGGAGCAAUAUAAGAGUUUUCUAAUUUUUUAAUAAAAAAAACCGACAAACAAUGUCUUCGUACAUUUUUAAGAACUGUGUCUUAUAAAAAGGGAAGAAAAUCUCAAAGCCCAAGAAAAAAAUAAGAAAAAAGAAAAGAAAGGGGAAAAAUUGACGAGCUAAUGUACAAGAAGGAGUGUAAAACACAAAAGAAUCGAUAAAACGUUAAAAGAGCAUUCCUCUUCACACCGGUUUAUGCGUGGUAUCUCUAAGUGGUCGAAACAAUAAUUGACAAUUCUUUUGAGUUAUAUUUCCUAAAUAUUAAACAAUUUUUUUUUUUAAUUUUAAAACCUAUAAUUUGUUAACAAACCUUUUAGCUGCGGCGAUGCGCAUCUACGUGGUUGUUAGUUUUGAGAACAGCAGCUUCUGAAUAUAUUUGAGGUGAUUAUAAAUACACUGGAAGGUAAGCUGAAACGUAUUGAUAACCUGGACAAAUCUGUCGAACAUAUGAUGCGCCGUAUGGAAAUGUUGGACAAUCGCGUUUCCGACAACCUAAUUAAAACCGAUGCCGUUAUAUCAAAACUACGUUCUCUCGACACUAAGUUAUCGAAUGACAUUGUUGAAUCCCAGCAAUUGGGGAAUAGGGGUCUAAGUGACGCUAGCGGUCACGUCAAUUCAGCUCGGUCAUCACCUGUCCCUCCAUCCGCAACAUCGACAACUAGCAUACAGCUCGACAACCGGUUAGUACUGCUAGAUCAAAAAGUCACCGAUAUCGAUUCAAAAUUAGAAAUAUUGAAAAAUCAAAUCGAUAAUAAUUUCUUGCAAGUAGAUGAAAUAAAUGCCGAGGCCAGUGAAAAGAAACAAAUCACUAUGAAUGUUAUUGAAAUAACGAAAGCUAUGAACGCUGAAGUCAUGUCCCACGUUUCCAAUGAACUGAAUGAAUUGCGUGACACUACCGGUAACAUAGACAAGAAAUUGCAAUUUCAUAUUAAUAUAGUCUCGGAAAAUGUUGGGCGUAUGUUGCGCAUGGUAGGCGAUAUUCAUGACGCUGUUGUUGAUCAUCAUGAACAGUUGAACGCUUUAAAUGUGACCACUACUGUACUGCCUUUAAUUAAAUCCAGCAAAAUUGAUGCUCUUGUAAAGCAAAUUCGUCCCAUGGUGUCAGUGUCGGAAAAAAUGGACGAGGUGUGGGAUGUAGUAGUGGGUACCAAGUCAUCAGUAGAUCAUCUGUUACCGAAGUCAGAUGCUUUACUUUCUCGCACACAAAGACAGGAGAGAGCUAUUGGAGAAAUACAUCAAGACUUAAAGACAAAAACUAAUUUAAUCAUUAAUAAUUUGGAUAUCGUCGAACGGAGGUUAAAAAAACAAGAAGAUGAUGUACAAUUGUUAGCGCAACGUCCAGUACCAGCUGAACUAUUAAUGGAUCCUACGAUUGACCGUUUGGUAGAAUAUGAUCCCAAUAGAUACUCCGUUAUUGAUGACUACACAGAAACGAGUAGAACAAGCACUUUAACCACAGCUCAGACUACACCCUCAACUGCUUCGUUAGCAGCAACACCUACACCCUCUUCUUCUUCUAUUUUUGCUUCUUUUAUUCCAUCCACACUAACAGUGAACACAACUCCAACAACCAUUGUGUUGGCAACUUAUUCUUCAUCCACAUCACUAUCUUCCUCUUCCUCCUCUUCUUCGUCCGCCUUUAAUGGUACAAACAACAAUAUCACAACUCCCUAUAUCCAUAAUCAAAAACAUUCGACUACAGCUGCCGGUAUUGAUACUAAUCAAAAUACUUCAUCUACUGCUACUAUCGCCACAACAAACAAUAGCAUUUCAUCCCCCUCCUCCUCUUCUUCCACUUCGCAAACUGCCACGAUGACUUCAUCAUCACCGGUCAAUUCGGUAUCGCAAUCAUCGUCAUCUACCAGUCCUACCAAACCAAUUUCACGCAAAGGUGGCGUAAUCUUUCCCAGUGUGAAGAAUAAACCAUCAGUAGUGAACACGACUUUCUCGACGGAUAUCAUCACACUAAAAGAUAUAAAGGGUUUCUCAUGCGUUGAUUUGUUAAACGCUGGCAUGAAACAAUCUGGCGUCUUUUAUCUGCAAAUUCGUGGUACCACGUAUUGGUUUUUAAAAGUCUUUUGUGAACAGGAAAUAGCUGAAGGCGGUUGGACAGUUAUACAAAGACGUGAUGACUACGGUGAACCACGCGAAAACUUCAAUCGUGAUUGGGCUGAUUACAAAAACGGGUUUGGCGAUCCCGCCAAAGAGUUUUGGUUGGGUAAUGAAAACAUUUAUAUGCUCACAAAUAAUGAAGAUUAUGUACUGAGAGUUGAAUUAGAAGACUUUGAAGGCAAUAAACGAUAUGCUCAAUACUCACAUUUUAAAAUACACUCGGAAGCUGAUUAUUACAAAUUAGAAAUUGACGGCUAUGAAGGUAAUGCUGGCGAUUCUCUAAAUGACCCGUGGUAUGGUUCGAACAAUAGUCCAUUCUCUACGUACAAUCGUGACAAUGACCGUUCAUCACUGAACUGCGCUAGUAUGCUUAAGGGCGGCUGGUGGUGGAAAUCUUGCGGUCGGGGAUUGAAUGGCUUAUAUUUGCACGAUCCCCAGGAUUUGACGGCACGUCAAGGUAUUGUUUGGUUCCGUUGGCGUGGAUGGGAUUAUACUCUAAAAAAAGCCAUUAUGAUGAUACGACCACGUGGUCCGCAACCUAUGAAUGCCAAUGCAUCGUGAAUACUUAAUUAAUGUUAGGGGAAUAAAGCAAAAACAAAAUUUAAAUUAUUUACUGUACAAUGUUCAU